UAUCAUAUUUGCCGGUUACAUUUAGCGACCGACUCUCCUAUCUUAUUCUUAUUAUAGAGAAGAGUAACUGCUACAAAAUCCUGAUCUGGACGAGUUAGAAGCACCCGAUCUCUGAAUUGAUGAACACAAAGCUCUUCUGAGAAGCUCCGAUUUCACCUCAACAAGAUGAGAGUGAGCAAUGACGGAGGGAGGGACGCGGAGGCGCUGUUCCGGACGAAAGGCAUCGCCGAGAUUCGGAAUGUGGAAUCGGAUACUCGUCGGCAGAUCCAGGCCAAGAAAGAGGAGCUCCGUCAGCUCGUCGGCACUCGCUACCGCGAUCUCAUCGACUCCGCCGACUCCAUCGUCCAUAUGAAGAAUUCCGCCACCUCCAUCUCCCACAACCUCUCCUCCGUCCACCACGCCAUCCUCCACUCCCUUUCUCUCUCCGAAUCCAAGCCGUCCGAUGAUUCCAAGCCCUCCGGCUCCAUCCGCAUCUACGCCAUCGCCUGCCGCGUCAAGUACCUCGUCGACACUCCCGAGAACAUAUGGGGCUGCCUCGACGAGUCCAUGUUCCUCGAGUCCGCCGCCCGCUACGUCCGCGCCGGCCACGUCCACCUCACCCUCACCACCGUCCACAAGCCCUUCCUCUCCCACUUCCCUCUCCUCCACCACCAGUGGCAGAUCGUCGACGCCUUCAAGUCUCAGAUCUCGCAGCGCGCCCGCGACCGCCUCCUCUCCCACUCCGCCCUCCCCGUCGCCGCCAUCGCCGACGCCUUGGCCGCCGUGGCACUCAUCGACGACCUCUCCCCCCGCCACGUCCUCUCCCUCUUCCUCCACACCCGCAAGGCCUGCCUCUCCCACCUUCUCAACGCCGCCUCCGCCGACGACGGCGACGGCGACGUCGUCUCACUGCUCUGCCAGGCCCUCAGGGUCAUUCAGGUCACCGUCGGCCAGGUCGGCGAGCUCUUUCUCCGUGUUUUCAAUGACAUGCCUAUGUUUUACAAGGUCGUCCUCGGCUGCCCUCCGGCGUCCCAACUCUUUGGCGGCAUUCCCAAUCCCGAGGACGAGGUCAAGCUUUGGAAUUCGUUUAGGGACAAUGUGGACUCUGCUAUGGGACUACUUGAUAAAGACUAUAUCGCCACUGCUGCUUCCUCAUGGCUCACCGAAUGCGGAGCUCAGAUGGUUGAUAAGAUUAAUGGCAGGUACCUCAUUGAUGCUAUUGCCAGCGGCAAGGAGCUUAGCCUUGCUGAGAGGUUGAUCAGGGAGACCAUGAGUAGCAAAGAGGUCUUGGAAGGAAGCUUGGAGUGGCUCAAGAAAGUUUUCGGCUCCCAAAUUGACCUGCCCUGGAGUAGAAUGAGCGAACUUGUUUUGGGAGAUGAUUCGGACCUCUGGGACAGUAUCUUUGAAAGUGAAUUUGUUGGGAGGAUGAAGGUGAUUGUGGACUCCAGGUUCGACAAGCUCAAGACGGCUGCCAGGAUCAAUGACGGCAAGGCUGUUGAUUUUUUAGGUGCAGGUGGUGGAGUUUGGUUUAUCGAAUCCAAAUCCAAUAGUAAGAAGGCUACUGCUCUGCCAUGUGUAGAGAAUUGUCUCAAUUUCUAUUUCGGUCCGCAAGUUAGUGAUAUUAGGGAUGCAGUGGAUAGCAGCUGUCAGGAUGUGCUUGAUGACCUCCUUUCUUUUCUGGAGUCUCCAAAGGCAGCUGUUAGAUUAAAGAAUUUGGCGCCCUAUGUACAAGACAAGUGUUUCCAGACUAUGUCCCUCAUAUUGGAGCAACUGAGUAGCGAGCUUGAUAGAUUGGAAAAGGGCAGCAAUAAGCAAAAGCUGCUAAUCAUUGAAAGGGCUCUAUUCAUUGGGAGACUCCUGUUUGCAUUGCAGAAUCACUCCAAACACAUUCCCUUAGUACUGGGCCCACCAAGGUCUUGGGUGAAUGAAGCUGAGUCUGCAGUUUUGCCAUCCUUAUUGAGACAGUCAAAAGCCCCCACUGAUUCUCAUGUGCUUGAUAGCCCCCGCAGCUCAAAAAGACACACUUCAUCUGCUACUGCCGCUCUGCUUGGAGCCAGCCAAAGUGCGAGCCCUAAACUUGAAGAGCUUAAUGUAACCAUGCGAAAUCUCCGCAUCAGAGCACACACUUUCUGGAUGAUUUGGCUAACCGAUGAGCUCUCGGUUAUACUUUCCCGCGAUCUCGAAAAAGACGAUGCCUUGUCAUCCUCAACUCCCCUGAGGGGUUGGGAAGAGACGGUAGUUAGGCAAGAGCAGUCUGAUGAUAACCAAUCGGUGAUGAAAAUAUGGCUCCCAUCCAUGCCGUCUCUCUACAUUGUUUCGUUUCUUUUUCGUGUAUGUGAAGAUGUACACCGGAUUGGAGGUCAUGUUCUUGACAAAAUAAUUCUGCAAAAAUUGGCUUUAAAAUUGUUGGAAAAGGUCCUCGACAUCUAUGGUCACUUCCUGUCGAAUCUGGAUGUUGGGGGUUCUCAAGUGUUAGAAAAAGGAGUCUUGCAGAUUUUGUUAGACUUGAGAUUUGUUUUUGAUGUACUCUCUGGGGGUGAUUCAAAUUUGAAUGAGCGGAAGACAAAAAGUAAUUUCAGAAGGAAGCAGGACCAAAGCCGUAUGAAGUCAGCAACUGCAGAGCGAUUUGAUGGGUUGAUACAUAGUUUUUCACAAAGAUUGGAUCCCAUAGACUGGCUUACGUAUGAGCCAUAUCUCUGGGAGAAUGAAAAGCAGUCCUACCUCCGGCACGCUGUCCUUUUCGGAUUUUUUGUGCAACUUAAUCGCCUGUACACAGACACUGUUCAGAAACUCCCUACGAAUUCAGAGUCGAAUAUCAUGAGAUGCUCUUCAGUUCCUCGCUUUAAAUACCUUCCAAUCAGCACCCCGGCAUUGUCAUCAAGAGGAUCAGCAGCUAAGACAUCCAUUGCAACAUCAUCCAAUGAUAUUUCUUCAAGAAGUACCUGGAAAGCUUAUACAAAUGGAGAGCUGUCCAGAAGUAUGGAUUUGGAUGAUAACUCAAGUUUUGCAGUUGCAGUACCAAUCUUAAAAUCUUUCAUGCAGGCUGGAAGUAGAUUUGGAGAGAGCACAUUGAAACUGGGAUCCAUGCUAACAGAUGGGCAAGUGGGAAUAUUCAAGGAUAGAUCCAUGUCGACAUUUGGUGACAUUCUACCGGCCCAUGCUGCAGAUCUCCUUUCAUCAUUCACAGCUUCCAGAUCAGAGUCUUGAUUGCCUUCAGAACCCUUUUUGUCCAUAUUAUUUUUCACCAUAUAUUUGCAAUCUUUCAUCGUCAAGAGAAGAGUGGAAUCUCACCCAGCAUGUGAUUGCGGUUGCAGCAUAUGCCAUGCCCAUAUGAAAUCUGGUAGGAAAAGGCUGGUGACCAGAGGGACUUGGGAGACGCUACCAUUUCAUUCAAAUUCAUUUGUAGAUAUUGUAACCGAGUAGUGUUUGUUAGGUGCUUCGCUACAACUUUAUUGUCUUUCUAGGAUCGAUAUGGCACAGUCGAUGACUCAUUCCAACUAGAUUGCAAACAACUGAGGUCAAGCUUUAAAUGCAGUUGCGAAAGAAAUGGCAAGCUGGAAUGGAGUGAAAAAGUCUUAUGAGUACGCUUACUAACAUUUUGAAUCAGAUGUCAUAAUUGUUUUUGGCCAGAAAAGUUUGUUUUUCCAAAUUAAUAUACGAAUUUUUCUUUAGGUUAUUAAAUAUGAGAAAAAUGGAAGUGAUAAGCAGUCAUUUAAUUUUCAUUCUUCUUUUAGUUGUAUAGGCACAUAUUUCUCCCAGUCGUAUUUCAUUCAAGUAAACAAGACGUUAAAUUUGUAUUUGUUAAUGAACCCGGACAUGUAUCGGUUUCAAUCAUUCUUUUGCUGAUGAAUGAAAGUUUUCAAAGUUAUGGUUCUGAAAUAGUU